AUGUCUGCUGCCGACCAAGUCUCGGACGAAGUCGCCCUGGACUUUCAGGAAUCGCUGCAAGACCUUCAGAACAACAACAGAUAUGAAAUUAGCAACUUGACUAUCAUCGCCAAGGAGAAUACCGAACAUGCCCAAGCUAUAGCUAUGGUUUUGGAAAAGCACAUCAAGACGACUGCCCCUGGACGCAAGCUACCUGCACUUUAUGUACUCGAUUCUAUCGUGAAGAAUGUUGGCACACCAUACACGGUCUACCUUGGAAGGAACCUCUUCUCUACCUUUAUGGACUCAUACACUCUUGUAGAUAGCCAUACAAGGAAAAGCAUGGAAGCUAUGUUGAAGACUUGGAAGGAGCCAGUGCCUGGAUCCAUGGACCCUCGACCGGUCUUUCCUGCAGAUGUCACCCGCACCAUCGAGAAUGCGCUUAUCAAGGCAAGAACGGCCGCGGUGCAACUCCAAACCAGAAAUCGCACUCCUCUCGGAAUUCCAGGAAGGCCCAUGUCAUCGGCAUACAGAAACACACCUACUCCGCCACACAACGCUGGUCAAUUCCUUCCCCCUCCGCAAGACGCCUAUCAAAAUGGAUUCCGCAGUCAACAGCCCACGCCUCAGCAGUUUCCUUCAAACCAGCUGCCUCCUGACAUCGCGCGCUCGAUAUCGGCCGCACUCAAUCCGCAAGAUGAUCUGAACAAGCUGAAAGCCGACAUUCAUGGCUUGAUCGCUGGCUUCCAAACAGAGUUUGCUCGCAACCCAUACGACUCACAGGUACAGACUAAGCUCAAGGCUCUUCUUGAUCUCCAGGCUGUCGUACAGACACAGCAGCUCAACCCUGACGCAAUUGGCAUGAUCAAGAAGCAAGUGGCACAACUGCAAGCCGUUCAAUCACAACCUCUCCCACCUCCUUCCGCUACGCCUCAACAACCGCAGUGGCAAGCUCCGACUCCUGUUGGUCUCCCCUUCCCGCCUCCGCCACCCAUUCCUCAUGGCUUCGCACCUACCCCGUCAGCUCAGCCACCUGUCGCCCCUCCAGCCUUUGCACCAGGUAUCCUUGAGCAGUUGCUAGCAUCCACUGCCAAUGGUCAGAAGCCCAGCACACCUGUGGUCCAGGCCGCCUUGAACUCAAUGCCACCCCCACCCACCACACAAUCACCACGGACGGCUGCCGUAACCCCUGCUGGUCCGACUGGCAACCCUCUUCUCGAUGCUCUCCGUGCUGCCAAUAUCCUCCCUGCAUCCAAUAAUGCUACUCCUACACCUGGAUUGGCCCCUCCUGUUCCUCCACCAGCAGCUCCUGCCCCCGCUCUUUCUAUCCUUCAACAACUCCAAGGUCUUGCACCGAAGCUGCCUACGCCUUUACCACCUCCGGGCACUCCAGCCAAGGUCCGCAUUCCUUUGAAUGCUGCAGCACUGAAGAGCUUCCGCCCAGAGGUCGUCCACACGCUGUACGACGCGCAACCAAACCAAUGCACUACGUGCGGUCGCCGCUUCUUGUCCACUGACGAGGGUCGCGCUCAAAAGGCCCGCCAUCUCGACUGGCACUUCCGCAGCAACCAGCGUAUCGCUGACGCAGCCCUUGCUGCCGGCCUAACCCGCAGCUGGUACAUCGAUGAGAUAGAAUGGAUUCGCCUGCGCGAAGUCGACGCUUCCUCAGCUGCUGCCGACACAAACUCCACCAGCACAACUACCGCCAAACCCAUCAGCGUACGCGAAAAGUACAUCCCUGCACCUACUGGAGCAGCAGCCAACGCCACCUGCCCAAUCUGUCAAGAAAAGUUCGAGCCUGUCUGGCACGAUGAAGCUCAAGAAUGGGUCUGGAUGGAUGCCGUCAAGGUCGGCGGUCGCGUGUUCCACGCUUCUUGCCACGAUGAGGUCAAGAGAGCUGGUGGUGGUGAUAGGGGUAGAAGUACUACUCCUGAGGCUGCAGGCGUGCUCGGGAAGCGAAAGGCCGAGGCUGAUCUGGCCAACCUGAAGACGAAGUUGAAGAGAGAAGUUGCUGCAUAA